AUGCCAAAUUCCAUACCCGACGAAGUCCAACAAGACCUUGAGAGGAUGGGACGCCUUAUGGUCGAGACCUUCGACUUCGCAAUCGAGUCAGGCUUUUUGACCAACCUUUUCACGGAGGCUCGCCGCAGACUCGUGGAAGGGAUGCCUGCCUGCGAUACGGCUGGGUCGACCGACACCGUGCCAGGUGGAAACACUCAAGCUGGCCUAGAUGUACUACUCAAGCUGGGGCUGCGGUUGAGGCUGGUGCCACGACCUCUGCUCCUCCCGCUCACGGUGAACGCGACAUUGACCGCCUCGAAAGAGAAGUCAGAGAGAAUCUCCGUCGUGCCCGUGCCAGUCAAGCCGAGAUCUUGCAUGGCGGCCCUUCGCGUCGUGGGCGUGGUGGCAGACACAGAGGCCGUCGUGGGUGAGCCAUACGCCCUCGAAGCACCUUGCUGGAUAUCAGAUAUCGUGGAAAGUUGGUUCAAAUACAAACACUCAAGGCUCGAUGUUCGAGGUGGCUGGGAUAUUGUUUCAUGUCUCCUUGGAUAG